AUGAACUUCGCCCCCUACCAAUCCUCCCCGCCCGAAUCCGAACGCGCCAAAUCCCCACCUCCCCUCCGCUCCCCCACCGCUUCACCAAAACCAAACCAACAACGACCCAUCCCCCAAAUCUCCCGUAACAUCAGCUCCGUGGCCCCCUCCUCCGAAGACCCCUGGGCAGCAGCGCGAGCUCAACGCCUCCCCUCGCCGUCCCGCUACCAAGACGACAAUGAAGACGACGAGCCGAGCACCUACCAAGACAUAGAAUCCCAGCGCUUCCAAAACGAUUACAUUGGCCGCAAUGCCCUGCAAGGCGGCGGACCGAGCUACGUAGGCUCAGGAAACAUCUUCGAGACCUCCCUCGGCCUCCCACUCGGUAUCGAAGCACUCCUCGCUUACCUCGUUCUUCCACCCGCAGGAGGGGUAGUCCUGUUGAUGUUCGAGCACAAGAGCGAUUAUGUGCGCUUUCACGCUUGGCAGAGUGCUUUGGUGUUUACGGUGAUGGUUAUGGUGCAUAUUAUCUUCAGUUGGACGAAGGUCGUGAGUUAUUUGCUGUUGGCUGUGGAUAUAGGUUUGAUUCUUUGGCUGGGGUAUGGGGCUUGGAGGAAUGCGGAGACGUUGGAUCGGGUCGAGGUGCCGUUUUUGGGAAGACUGGCGAGUAGUUUUGUUGAUGAUGAGUGA